AUGCUCUGUUUGGAUCCAACCUACCAUGUCACAGAAGACCACACCAAAAUCUGUUUUUCCUUCAAGGGCAUUCCUGCAUUGGGCCCAGGAGUGUUUGGUGAUUUCCUGUGUGAUUCCCCAUACCAGCUUAUUCUCUCAGCAUUCAGUUACAUGAAACAAGCAGACCUGCAGCCUGAGUUCAUUAUAUGGACAGGAGACAGCCCUCCACACGUCCCGAAAGAAGAACUGUCUACUGAUGUGGUGAUCAAUGUUAUUGCCAAUAUGACUCGCACCAUACUGCAGUUCUUCCCACAGCUGCCAGUUUAUCCUGCCCUGGGCAACCACGACUACUGGCCACAGGAUCAGUUGCCAACAUCUACAAAUGCGAUUUACGAUGCUGUAGCCAAACUCUGGUCUCCGUGGUUGAAUCCAGAAGCUGUAGCUACUUUGCAAAAAGGUGGCUUUUACUCUCUUGUGAUCAAACCUGGCCUCCGUCUGGUGAGUCUCAACACAAACCUGUACUACAGUCCAAAUCAAGUGACUGUAAAUAUGACUGACCCUGCUGGGCAGUUCCAGUGGCUGCAGGAAACACUUGAGCUGUCAAGACAAAAGCUGGAGAAGGUCUAUGUAAUUGCUCACGUUCCCAUCGGUUACCUACCCUAUGCUAUAAAUACAACAGCCGUCCGAGAAAGCUACAAUGAGCAACUGGUCAAAAUAUUUCGGAACUACAGUGACGUUCAGGGUCAGUUCUACGGUCACACUCAUCGAGACAGCAUAAUGGUUCUGUUGGAUCACCAAGGGAAACCUGUGAACUCUAUAUUUGUCACACCUGCUGUUACACCUAUCAAAAGUCUACUGGAGCCAUUUUCGAACAAUCCUGGCAUCCGUGCAUAUCUGUACCACCCUGAGAAUUAUGCUUUACUGGAUAUUUGGCAGGUCUAUUUAAAUCUCACAGAAGAAACCUGGAACAAAGGUCAAAGUGGAAGCUGGAAUACAUUAUGA